AUGAGAUUACCCGUGGUACUACUCACCCUGUUAUCUCUUGGGUCCGUGAAUGGAGUCACCACUCCCAACUAUAAGCAAGUCAUCGGGAAGUCAGAUUGUGUGGAUAUUGAUACGUUCAAGAGAGCGUUCAAUAUUGUCUGUCCUAACCUUUCGGCCGAUCGUAAUAUCUAUGUAGGACACAAGUCAUAUUUCCAGGCAGGAGACUUCUCCGGCCUAUUCAAAGAUACCCAUGCCGUCGCCUACUGCCACGUCCCAUGCUUGGCUAACGGAGAGAUUUACGAAAAGAGUGAUGGAACUUAUGAUGACAAGACGCCACAAGUAUGUGAACUUCUUGGGGGCGGAGUCAUCAUCUACGACUAG